UGAACUUUUAAAUAUAAAUAAAAAAAUCAGUUCAACUAGAAAUUAGUAUUUCUUGUUUUUAGUAGAGUAGUUAGACUUUGAACAACCAAAAACAAAAAUGCUUUUUCGCAGCGAAAGAAAGUUUACGACCGCCAAAAAAGAAAACCCUUUUGUCGGACCCAACACCUAUGUCAUCUACUAUCCUUUGGAUUUAAAACAGGAAGCUGUUCCAUUUAGAUUUAAAAUUGGCCACAGAUCUUUGCCAGUGAUAUGUAGCCCUGGUCCAAAUAAGUACAACAUUAAGUACAGAAAGCAUAGAAUAAUAGGAGGUAGUAGUCUUCGUUAUACCGCAGCCAGAAAAACUAGAGAUUUAGACAAUACUGAACCCCCACCUGAAAAGAAUAAUGAAACCCGGGCUAAGCCCAAGGGAAAAAUUUAUCGUGGGCAUUAUCCUCGCUAUGGCUGUCCGGUCACUUCUACCAAUUCUUACAAAAUACCCGAUGGUAACCCUCGUUUUAAAAAGAAAAAGAUCUCAUUUUAUAUUAGAGAGCCUUAUUAUCCAAAUAAAAAUUCUUUGCGUUGUAAAAAGUACUCCGGGCCUCGGUGGGGCAUGAGCAAGACGAGUACUCAUCGUUUGAACAUUUCAAAGAGCAAUCUCCCAAGCCCCGCUGAUUAUUACGUCAAAGAAUCAGGGCCGACUCCACAACAGCUUUGGGAUUGGAGCGUGAGACAGGAGGUCCAGAGAAAUGAAAGCAUUAAUAACUGCAUUGAAAAAACUUUAGAAAAAAGCAAAAAAGAGAGUUUGCCUGGCCCCUUUGAUACAUUUGUUGAUCCUUCAAUUUUUAAGAAAAAAUCUUUUAAUGUAAAAGGAACAUUUACAAAAGCAAAGCGUGCAAAAUCGCCCGUUUGUUCUGAUGAACCUUCACCACAGUCCUUUUAUAUUAAAGACACUUUUGGAGUUACGUGUCUUAAUAAUAAGAAACGUCCACCUUUUAAUAAUACGUCUAGUUUUCCAAAGUUGAAAACUCACCCUGUAGGUCCUGCUGAUUAUAACCCAACGUACAAUACGAUUACAUUUAAUAUUUGCAAAAAAUUGCCACCGAUCUCUGCAGGAUUUGUCGCUCCUUUUAACAACACUGCGAAAAGAUCGUUACAUAAUUUGAAAAAUGAAACGCCAUCGCCAUUUGAAUACGACACACGGCCUAAAAAGAAAAUACGGUUUUGUGAAGAGCCACUGGGAAUCUUGAGUUCAAAAACGCCAAGGUUUCCUAAGCAAUGUGAGAGUUCACCUUCUCCUCUUGAUUACGACAUUCAUCCAAGUACAAACACACGCCACUGCAGCCAUGCCAAACUUCAACGCUCCUUUAACAACACCGAAAAAAGGAUCAUGGAAAUCAAAGAGCCAGAUUAUAAUGCAGCACCAAACUCCUAUUUUCCAAGCAAAGACGGCGUGCUUCCCAGCCCGCAUAACAUCAUCAUCGCCCGUGAUGUCGGCGAGUCCACUCGCUGUCGCAAACCUCCUCCUGGUCCAACAAGUUACGAAAUCCAUCCGUUGUAUUCGAACGCUUUGAUCAAAGCGUACACGACGCACAAUGUGACCUUUAACCAGAAGGACGUGUUCAAUACGCAGGGCAAUUUUGGCCCGAAGCUCCCGAGGAAAAUCCUGCGUUUCUUUGUUAGGUCGGGGACGACAAAGAAGUUUUACCAAACUUGUUUCUGAACAAUUCAUAGAAUACCCUUUUUUUAAAAGUUAAAGAUGCAAAAUUUGUUGUUCGAAGAAAACACAAAUAUAAAUUAAAUUUCAGAGUG